CUUGUCUACUCCUCAGUUUCAAGUUUCAACUCGCUUUCUUUCUUUCUUGCUUGCUUUCUCUCUCUCCAAUUAUUUAUUUUUUGCUCUCAAAGCCCACUGCUUUAAAAUCAUCCCUACCCUCGCCUUAAGAUGCGCCUCCUUCUCUUUCUUCAAGCUCGUGGAGUGACUCUCUGAAGCGCUCUCUCUCUCUCUCUCUCUCUCACUCAGUUACUCUCUCUCUCUGUUGCUUGUGAUAAACUCAUGCUUUCUGGGGGUUGUGCACAUUGGUCUCUUAGGGAUGGAUUUUGGUCUGGUGGGUCUGGAGGGUUUGGUGGGGCCAGAAGAUGUGGCUCCUUCUCAGGUAGCAGAGACUGAGACCAAGCAAAUGGGUCUUGGAUCUGGGUUGGGCAAGCAGGAGAGAUCUGGGUCUCUUCAGGAUGACUGGGCGGACUCUAAAAUGGCGAGAACUGAUGAUUUCGGGGCCUCAAUAACAAUGUCGCUCCAGCACGGGACUUCCUUGCUGAGAUCUAAUUCGCUGCUCUCCGAUGAUGGUGGUGCACAGCAGCACAUGCUGAGCUUCUCUUCACCCAAAUCAGAAAUGUCCUUUCUCGGCAAAGAUGGCAGAUUGGUGGACAGGGGCGCAAAAACCACUGCCUUUCCUUACUAUCAACCCACACCUUCUGCGUAUAAUAGAAAUGCAGGUUUUGGCUCUGGAAGCUUAAAUACAAGCAUGCAUGGGGCUUUUGCUGGGGUUAGAGGGCCGUUCACUCCAUCUCAGUGGAUUGAGCUGGAACACCAGGCCUUGAUCUAUAAGUACAUCACAGCAAAUGUGCCUGUUCCAUCCAAUUUGCUCAUCCCCAUCAGAAAAUCCCUCAAUCCAUUCGGAUUGUCGGGCUCGUCUUCCACCUCCUUGGCUCACAAUUCACUGAGUUGGGGCUCUUUUCACCUGGGUUUCUCCGGAAACACUGACCCUGAGCCUGGGAGGUGUCGUCGAACGGAUGGGAAGAAAUGGCGGUGCUCAAGAGACGCCGUUGCUGAUCAGAAAUACUGUGAAAGGCACAUAAACAGGGGUCGCCAUCGUUCAAGAAAGCCUGUGGAAGGCCAGACUGGCCAUGCCGUCUCUGGACCCACUAAUUCGAAGGUGGUGCCGAUGCCUUCCACCAUGUCAGCAUCGGUAAUGUCCAGCGGCGGUGCAUCCAACAGCCUUGCUAUUGCACAGAAUCAGUUCAAGAGCUUGCAGCCUGUUGCUGCCAAUCCUUCUGCAGACACCCUCGUCAACAGAUUGCAAGAGCCCCAGGGCCUCUCCAUGAUUUCCCCCACUAUCGACCUCAAAUCUAGAGACACCCCAUUUUCCAUUUCUAAGCUACCUAUCCCAUUUGAAGAAUCCCCUCAAUCAGAAUUUGGAUUUGUCUCCUCAGACUCCCUCCUGAAUCCUUCUGAAAGGGGCUCCUACAUGAAUUCUAGAAAUUAUACUCCUUUUCUGGACUUCAGUGACCAAGAAACCCAAGACCAACAUCCAUUUCGCCAAUUCAUUGAUGACUGGCCCAAGGACCAAUCAAAUCGUUCGGACAUUGCCUGGCCUGAAGAACUAAAAUCAGACUGGACCCAGCUCUCAAUAUCAAUCCCUAUGAGCUCCUCAGACUUUUCGUCAUCCUCAUCCUCACCCACACAAGAGAAACUUGCCUUCUCGCCACUGAGGCUAUCUCGUGAGCUUGAUCCAGUCCAAAUGGGUUUGGGGGUGAGUAGUGACCUCAGUGCACCAACCCAAAAGCAGACCAACUGGAUACCCAUCUCUUGGGGAUCAUCAAUGGGGGGUCCUCUAGGGGAAGUCUUGACUACCUCUGCUAACAACAUGGGAGCCUGCAAGAACUCAUCAGCCCUUAACCUCAUGACUGAAGGAUGGGAUGGAAGCCCUCAAGUAGGAUCUUCUCCCACAGGGGUGUUGCAGAAGGCUACUUUUGGUUCACUCUCAAACAGCAGUUCAGGUAGCAGCCCAACAACUGAAAACAAAAAGAUCCAUGAGAGGGCUAGCCAUUGUGAGGACAUGCUCGGUUCCACCCUUGCAACUUCAUCCUCUAUUCCAUCCUUGUAAUAAAGCAUAUGGACCAAAGCCAGAAGAGAUGAAGCUGAUGGGAGAAAAAGUCAGUGAGGUUGGAGAGAGUAGAUGGAAGAAGAGGCUGGAGGAGUUUGGAGCAAGUCAUUUUAUGUCUUUAAUUUCUUUCUCUUUAGCUUAUGGUUUGCAAUGUUUACAAAGUAGGGAUUGGGGCUGAUUCCAAAUGAAUGCUAUCUUGUUGGCCAUUUUGACUUGGGUGGAUCAGCGGAUAUCUAUAGUUUUAUGAAUUAAAAGUAAUUUAUGUUAUUUCCAAUGUCCCCUUCUUGA